AUGACAUCACCGUCAGACGUGGAGUCUAGACCGGCGGCCAUCAACUACGUCGCUGGCUUCUUGCUCGUUGGCCUCGCGUGGGGUUUCACGACGCCCUUCAUCCGCCGCGCUGCCAAGGAUCACAACCCGCCACCGCACCCGAUACUCGAGACUGAGGCUGUCAAGCAGAGUUGGAUCAAGAGCCGUGUCUACGGGGCCUUCUUUGGCGUUGUCGAUUUGCUGCGGAACCCUCGGUAUGCCGCGCCGCUGCUAAUUAACUUGACGGGGAGCGUAUGGUUCUUUUUGCUCAUUGGCCAGGCCGAACUGAGUUUGACGGUGCCCAUCGUCAACACUUUGGCCUUCCUAUUUACUGUGAUUGGCGAAUGGUGGGUUGAGAAAAAAGUCAUUAGUCGGGAUACCAUGCUCGGAAUGGUGUUGUCUCUUUCUGGGAUAGCGUUAUGCGUGCACAGCAAGACUAGAUAUUGA